AUGAUAAGUCUGGCAUUCAUUGUACUUAUCACGGGUAUUGUUGGUGGUCUUCUCAUUGUUUUUUCGAUUUUAUUUUUAUACAAAUAUUGUGUAAAUCGAAAAAAUUUGAGAGAAGCCGCACAAAUGAAGCUUUUAUAUGAAACAUUACAUCCUGCUAUGAUUUUGGAUUCUAAUCGGAUAUAUCGACAUGGAAUGGAUUUUAUACCUCCACUUGAACCAAGACGAUCUAAUCCACUUGAUCGAUAUCAAUUACCACAAAAUCAAUGGCAAAUUCCAAGUUCUAAACCAUCAUCGUUGGAUUAUCAUGAAAAUCAUGAACAAAAUGGUAAUACACAACAUAAUCCAACACUUUAUGAAAAUGUGUCAAAUGAUGAGAAACCCGCUGAAAAUUACCUCCAAGUCGAUCCUCGGUGUUACGUUCGACAAAAUUCUACCAGUUCGGUUAUUCUACAAAAACGAUCCGAAACUCCGCGUCUCGAGAAAGGCCAUUCGAUCAAUAUUGAUACUCGACCAUCAGGAACAUCCUCAUCUCUAUCACCUUAUCGUCAAAGUAGUUUCGAUGUUACUUUAGCGUAUCACACACCAACACAACAACCAUCAACUCCUUCAUCUAUCAUUUCAACACCACAAGAAAUGUUUUUUACACCACGUGGCUCAAGUUUAUCUGUCCAUGGAAAUUCGCCAACAAGUACACCACAGGGUUCUCAACAUUUACUACCACCAGUAGCAAUAAUCAGUAAAAAACCAACUCCAAUAGAAAAGAAAGACUUAACUGUUCAGUUAAAUUCUUCAAGCAAGACUUCGAAUAAUCAAAAUUUCACUCAAACAUUAACUUCGACACGUUCAUCUGUUGUUCAACGUGAACACGAACAUUGUCGUUCUCUGGAACAUCCAACAACAGCAAGUUCUUCUUCAGUUGAUAAACAAUCUCGUAGUUUCGAUGCUGCGAAUCUUCUCCGACCAGUCAACCAACGUUCUGAAGCAGUUGUAAAUCGUCGAACGAAAUCCUAUGAGUGUGCUGAGGAACAUCAUUCAUCAUCACCUAUCGCACCGCCACCGAUCAUUAUCAAAAUUCCAGACAUGAGUCAACUUGUCCAAGCAGCUCAAUUAGAACAUAAGAAGCGAAAAGAUUUCUGGCGUUUUCAUCGUUCCCAUGACAUCGAAGAUCGACGAGAUCAAGUUGAACAAACCUCACCGGAUGAUUUAUUUACCUCAACAUCUAUUGAUUCGAGCGGCGGAAUUCAUUCACCAAAGAAAAUGAAAAACGAAAAUCCAAAUGAUGAAAAUCCCAACUAUGAACAUCGUCGUAAGAGUUCAUCGAAUCUUCUUUUACCACCUCCGGAAGUUCGCCGUCAAGCGUUACGACGAACAUUUGAAAAACGUCGAAAUUGCAUCAAUCAAUCCAAUGCCAAACGAGAAGAACAAUUAAAUAAUAAACCAACGUCAGACUUCUCCAAAUUAUUAACGAAUUUAACUUGUAGAAGUGAAAAUUCCAGCUUUGAUCGAAGUCUGGAAACCGAUUUUGAUAUGCAAUCGGAUACAAGUAGUCGAGGUCAAAAUGAUCAUUUCACAUCCAUUGAAUCAUCAGGAAAUGAAUACAAUAUAUCCGAAACGAAUUCUCAACAUUUAAAAAUUCAACCAACUACUCAACAAGAUGACAGUGCUUAUAAGUCCUUUGAAAGUCAAAAUCAAACGUUAAGCUUAGAUUGGAUGUCGACAGAUGGUGGUGAGAGUGUGAUAUUCAUUCCUCAAUCAUCUCUAAAGCAACGAAGUGUCGAUAUUAAAGACCUCGAAGAAGAUUUGAAUGAAACUCAACGCAAUUUAUCACAAAAUCAAUAUUUAUCACCGAAUAAGUCAAUUCCAUUAUCAGCAUCAAUUCAUCGAACGGCGAGUAAAAAACGACGAGAAUUUAGUAAAGAUAAACGGCAUGCAUCAUCCAAUGUAAUUUUGCCCUCGAUGAAAACGCCCGAUGAACAUGAACAGAAUUCAAAUCAAACGUUACAAGUUCGUUCCGCUGAUCUUCGUCGAUCAAAAUCCAAUGAAGCCGAAAUUUUGGAAUAUUCAAUCAAUUCAUUGGAUACAAACGUUUCAUCCAAUUCUAUUCCUACACGAACAAAUAUCACGCCGAAUCCACGUCAUCUGUUCCAAAAAUCUCCAUCUGUUAGCGUAAGUUCUCCUACAGAAUCGUUUCGUUCGAAACGUGGUUCAAUAUCAUUCGACUAUCCAACAGUUCCAAUAAACUCUCCCUCACCAUCUUCGUCAGUCGCCCCGAUUGUCACAACUACCAGUGGAACAAAACCCCGUUUAAAAUUUAGCUUAGUUCGCGACCCCACAACUUCCAGUUUAGGUUCAACUUCGUCAAACAAUUCCAUGUUACUGUUCAAUGAUAAUGCAAUCGAUGAGAAAACUGAUCGAAUUAUCAACGAAUUUCUUAAACAAGAUAAUCAUCAACGUGCGCCUAUUCGACAACAAACAUUCGACGAAACGAAUCAUCAACGGACGAAACAACAAACUCGAACAACGUUUAUCAAACAACGUCCACAUAGUUUUAUUCAAUCGGAUUUUCAUUCUGAAUAUCCUUCGACACAUUUGACUGAUCAAGAGAAGUACAAAUGUGAAGAUCAACCGAUCUCUUCUCGAACAAGUAAUUUUCUUCGACGAGAAAAUGGAUUAGCUUUUGGUUCUCCAUCAAUUAUCGUCACCGGUUAUGAUAGCGGUAGUUAA